AGUAUAAUAAGAGAUUCGCAAGUCGUAUUUGCUUUUCUCGCCCUGGUCUUUUCUUAUUUUCCCUGCUUUUCCCGAGGUUUUGGGCCUUGAAUCGCCUUCGAGUUUUGCAUAGAGUUAGAAUCUAUCAUUGAAGUGUAAAGACUGAUUAGCGAUUUUCAUUGAUUUCUUAACCUGAAUUUCUUGGGUAAAAUGGAAUAUGCGAAGGAAGAGUACGAAAUUCAGCUCUAUGGCCAUUCCCUGAAGGAGUUGAAAUCGGACACUGAGGAAUAUCUCCAGCUGAAGCUGAAGCAAACACUGGACACGCUUUGCGCAUCAAUUGAGGCUGAUAUCAAAGAUCCGGCCAAAAAGGCGCUCUUUCUGGAGAAGAAGGAGAAAGUGCAUCAGAAUCUCAUAAAGGAAGUCAGGGAGAAACUCGCGCCCUUCAACGCAAACGUUGACAAGCACAUGUCGAUUCCGGAUUAUGUUUUGCUUCCUGAGAAUAAGGAGCACGAUAUAAACAAGCCGCAGUACACGGAGCAGGAUGAGCACGCUCUCAAGAAGGAAGUGGAGAAGAAAAUGCAGUGUAUUGCCCAGAAUGUCGUGACUCUACGUGGAUUCAAUCAGGCUUUCGAGAAUUAUGCUGCCAUCGAGCCUGCCAUGAAGAUGGAGGAGAAACUGCAUGCUCAUGUCCAAAAGGUGCUCCAGGAGGGCCGGGAUUCCUCCACUUUGGCCGCCAAUCUGGACAAAAUCGAGGCACUGAUUGAGCAGAUGAACAUGGAUAAGAAGUAAAAAUACUGU